AUGUUGGGCCGCCACCUGACAUUCACGAUCCUUAUUGGAUAUCUCUCCGCGCACUGGUGGCCUGCCGCUGAGAACUACGACCAGUACACUGCCGGCCAGUUGGCCAAUGUCCCGGAGACGCAGCGCGUCUUCACCCCCAUCCCCUCCCUCCCCUCCCUCCCCUCCACCUCUUCCGCAGCGACGAGCUGCCCAGCGCCGCUGGUCGGCGGCUAUACUGGGGUGACCGGCACCCCUCCGGCGGAGAACUGGCUCGCCCCCUUCGGUGACGACGACAGCAGCGAGGCCGGUAUGGCCGCCUCCGUCUCGGCAGCGGAGGUGGUCAACCGUACUUUUUGCAGCGACUGCACUGGGGUCGCCGCCGCCGCCGCCAGCGAGACGAACCUCGUUGGCGUCCUUCUGUUCUUGUGCUCCCUCCUGGCUCCUUGGCGGGACGAGAUCUUCCUGAUUGUCUUCACCAUCCUGGAGAUGACGAUUCUUCCGCCGUUGCUGGACUUCCUGUGGUCGCUGGUUUCCGCCCUGCUCGUUCUCCCUAGCCUCCUCGCCCUCACGGUGGGCUCUUCGUCCGCUACAGUGGCGCGAGCCACUGUCCUGCCUGUGCGAAGGUUCUUUCUGGGCGCUUUUCGCGUGAGAGAGUACGCGGAGAAUGCGUACCUGCGGGCCAUCAUCAGGGACCAGCGGGAGGAGAUGGCUGUCCUCCAAGCAAACAGCAUCACGGUCGCACACCAGGCCCAGGAGCAAAUCAGACUACUGGAGGCCAGAGUUACGAGCCUGCAAGACGACGUGAACUCUUACAGAGAGCGCUUGGACAGUGCGGACGCCCUUGCGCAGAGACAUCGGGACGAGAUCAACGUUCUUCGUCUGCGUCGGGACGAGCGAACCAAGGAGCACAGAGAGGCAGUCGAAGGCCUGAAAAACGAGCGAGACGAAGCUCAAAGCCAGAUGACGAAGCUCCAAAAGGAGCAUGAUCAGCUGGAGGAACAGAUGCAGAAGGAAUUGGCACAACAUCGCGCGCGCGCCGUCGACCAAGUCGAAGAUGAAGUCUCCCAGCUCGAAGAGAAGCUCCGUACUGCCAAUGAGAAGAUCAAAGAGCUGACGACUGAGAACGCUGAACUCACAAAAGAAGCCGACGAUGCCCAGGCCCAACUCAAAGCGGCACGCUAUGAGAUCGAGAGGAUGCGGCAGCAGCAGCAGUCAGCAGGCACAGAGACAGCGACCGCUGGAGAAGUCCAGGAAAUCAGGGACCAGCAUGCACGUGAUCUGAAAACGCUACAGGAUGAGCAUCAAAAGAAGAUCGACAAGCUGCAGAGUGACCAUGAAGAGGCACUCAAGAAGCAGGCGAAAGAGUACAAGAAGGCGUGCGAUGAGAGAGUCAAGGGCGUGGAGGAGGAUCACGCACGCGAGCUGGCAAGGCUGCAGAACGAGCACCAAAAGCCGGUCGAAGAGCAACCGGCUGCGCUCGAGACGCAGGCGAAUGAGCACAAGGAGGCGCUCGAGGAGCAGGUCAAGCUUCAUAAGGAGGCGCUCGACACGCAGGCCAAAGAGCACAAGGCGGCAUGUGAUAAGCGAAUCAAGGCCGAGAGAGAGAGGCGUGAAAAGGUCGAAGAAGGUCUGACGGAGGAGUGGGAAGGAUAUUUCAACGAUGCGAAUGACAGAACCACGGCAGCCAAGCUGGCCCUCGAACAAGCCAACAGGCGCCUCGCCGAACUGGAGAGCCCAGAAGCCACCGAGAAGCUCCGCGAAGAGCGCGAACAGUGUCGGAAGACGAAGGAGACUCUCGCGCAGCAGAACGCCAAGCUCACAGCGACUCGCGAGAGACUCGAGAAGGAGCGCGAAGAGCAUCAGAAGACGAGGGACGCUCUCAACCAGCGGAACGCCGAUUUCGCUGUCACUGCAAAUAGACUGCAACGGGCGAUGUGGGAGUUUAAAUACUACCAGGCCACACAAUGGGACAACGAGCGACUCUACAGCGACAUCCAGACUCAGCAAAGGGUUAACAACUGGCUCCAGCGAAGCAGAAAUAGCACAAACCAGCAGCUCCGCGAUGCUAGGCAGCUGAUCAAGUCAUUCCAAGAGGAAAUCCCGAGCGUGCUUGACAAUCAACAGAGGCUCAUGGCUCUUGGUCGCCUCGCUUUGCAGUUCAGGAAAUGGGUGGCAGAAGAGUUACAGGCUAACGACUUGGAGGAAGAGACUGCCAUGAUCAUCGAUAGGAUUCUACAGACCGCCGAUGCUCUCCUCGCUGAGGUUGGGCCGGAGAUCAUUGAGGGUCUGAUGGCUGAGGCUAAUCCUCCUGCUUCUAACCCUUCUGCGUCCAACCCUCCUGCUACCGACCCUCCUGCUACCGACCCUCCUACUACCGACCCUCCUGCUUCCCACCUUCCUGCUGCUGACGCCUCUGACGCCACUACUAGAGGAAACAAUGAUGAAGACGAAGACGAAGCGCCGUGUCCAGCGCCAUUCUCAGAGCCAGAUUCCUCGGACGAAGCACCCGACUCCGGAGACAGUGCACCUCCACCAGCGCGUGACGAUCUCUACGAAGAUAGCGAUGACGAGGAGUAUCGCGGACGCAGAGACGUCUCCAAGAGCAGCAAGCCCGGCGACGGUCCUACAGCGGGUGAGGAAGCAUCCAGCACUGUUCGCGCCGGCGAGAACGCUCCCACUGGCACUGCUGAGCCGAGCCGUCCGUCUGCCUCAAAUGACGACGUCUCCGAGAGCAAGGAGGGCGGUGAUGCUGCUACGGCGACGGAAGAAGCACUCAGCACUGCUCCGACCGGCGAGAGCGCUCCUACCGGCAGCAAUGGCCCGAGCGGCCGUUCUACCUUCGGCGGAACGGCGGAGGAGAACAAUGAAUGCGUCAUCAUCCUCAGCAGCGGCGAGGAGAGCGAUAAUGAGGAGGAGGAGGAGUCUGAGGAGGCGAGCGGGGAGAGUGAGCUCGACUUUGAGGAUGUUCCUCUGCAAAGAGGUGGGCAGGUCGAUCUUGGUGGCAAGACGGAGCUUGCGGAUGUGACUAUCAUUGACCAAGAAGAGAGUCAAGAGAGCAGCCAGCAGCAGGCCGACAGCACCCCUCCCGCCGACAGCACCAACGAUGCCCCCGGUGCAGCGGAUAUCGAGUGUCCGAAGGUUGAAGCGAGUCUAGAGACGAUCGCAGCUCGCGACAUCAAGCCACUCCGCCGGACUCGUCGUCGGAAUGCUGAGUACCAGUGUCCCCCACCGCCAGUGGCGAGUGCCUUCACGCUGGCGCAGGAGCAGUACAACGCAAACAAGGGCGAGGCUCCCAAGGUCGACGGCUUUAAUGCUGCCACUGUAGCGGUUGUGCCGCUCAAUGAGACUGUCCGUGGCGAAGAGAACGUUGACAUGCCCGGCAUGUUUACGUUUGGGGGCACUGGCGCUGGGAACGUUGACACCACCGAGAAUGCCACUGAGAAGAUGGAUGAGGAUACUCAAGAGGCUCAGAACGAGACAAUGGGCCAAGGUCAAGAGCAGGAUGGAGGCGAGAAGAUGGAUGAAAUUGAGAAGGAGAUCAAAGAUGAGCAGAUGGGCGACGAUGAGAAGCAGGCUAGAGAUGGGAAGGUCGAAGACGAUGUCGAGAUGAUCAAAGACACGCCACCACGGUCUCCAACGGGACUGGAGAGCACAUUGGAGCAGACGGACAUCAAUUCCCCGGCUACAAGUAGGCUCGCGCCCGCAGGCCAGGAGCAAACGAUGCAGGACGCUGGUACUGCUUCCAAUGGAGCGGAUGCCCAGGAUGACGACAUGGGCGAGAAGGAGUCAGACGCCGGUUAUGCCUCAGAUGAGGAGUUCCACAUCUAUGAAAGCGACGGAGAGGAAAGCGAGAGAGCGGGCAGCGAAGGAGAAGGCAGCCAGGGAGAGCGCAGUCAAGGAGAACGCAGUCAAGGAGAACGCAGUCAAGGAGAACGCAGUCAAGGAGAACGUAGUCAAGGAGAACGCAGUCAAGGAGAACGCAGUCAAGAAGGCAGUCAAGGAGAGGGCAGCGAUAAUGGAUUCUGGCAAGCCGACCUUUGCCGCUGGAUGAACGGAUCCAAUGAUCCCCAGCAUCCCGACGAGCUGCGCGACAAUCCUAAUUAUGAGCAAGCUUGCAGGAAUGCCGGCAUCGAUCCGGAUGACCCAACCGCUCGACCUUCAAGCGGACGCGGAGGACCAGUAUACAACCCCUUUAACCCUCGACAGAGCCGUCAGGCGGCGGUACAAUCCCCCUUCUCGCCGGCGAAUGGCCCUCAGUAUCCGCCGCCAGGACCAUCCGCCUAUCCGCCGCUGAAUAAUCCUCAAUAUCCCCAGACAGGACCAGCCCCCUACCCGACGUUGGGUGGUUACAGGUUCCAGUCGGCAACAACAACCCCAUUCGCCUCCAAUGGCCCAAUGUAUCCGCCUCCUACACAGCCUACCCCAACCGCUGGUCAUUUCUCUACGCUCCAGCUCUCAGCGAUGACACCAGCCGCCGCCUCUACAGCACCUGGACCAAGGUAUCAGAUGACGGCACCGCAGCAGCAAUCGGCAGUCCCCAACAUGCGGCUCCAUGCGCCUCGUCAAACAACACCGGCAAUGAUCCCAGGUCAACCUGGCUACUAG